CCUUCAUAUAUUCACCAUGGGGUCCAGGAAGAAUAAAUCCAAGAAAAACAUACCAACGCCCCCAAUAGCGCCUCUCGAUGAUGCCGACAACGAACAGCUCAUGGACGAUCUCCUUGCACAGCUUGAUUCUCAGGACAAAACUGUGCAGCAAGAAUCUGCGGCCGUGCUCAACGAGAUGCAGAUCAGCCAAAUAGCCAACGAAGAUUCCAACAAGAAGAACUCUAGCAGGGAUCGUUUCAAAGAGCGACAGGCUAGGAAAGCAGCAGCUUUGGCCCAGCAGCAGACACCUGUCGACAAAGAUGCUGACGCUCGGCUGGAGCGUGAAACGAAAGAAGAGGAGAAAUCAAUCACUCGAACUUGUAAUGAACUCGGUGUCGAGAUGCACGAGAUCAACCCAGAUGGGCAUUGCUUGUACGCAGCUAUAUCCGAUCAGUUAUCACUUCUGGGUGUCAUCCCACCCGCCCAGGCGAAUUUUGCCAUCAUUCGGGAAGCCGCUGCGAAUUACAUCUACACCCAUCCCAACGACUUUCUUCCAUUUCUUCCCUCUGUUCUAGGAGAAGAUGGUUUAGGCACAAGCCAGGCAGGCAUAAUGGGACCUCGAGAGUUUGAGGCGUACUGCGCAACAAUACGAGAUACGGCUACGUGGGGAGGCGAGCCUGAAAUUCUGGCGUUGAGCAAGGCGUAUGGAAUACCAAUACACGUUGUGCAGGGCGGUUCUCCCCCUGUCGUAGUACACGAUCCCACCGGCGCACCCAGAACAGAUAAUUUAAAGGAUCAAAAGGCUGUUCGCGUCAGCUACCAUCGCCGAAUGUAUGGUUUGGGGGAGCACUACAACUCACUGAGACCAAAGGGCGGACUACAUCGAGUCACCAGCCCGAUCAAGAAUCUCCUCCCAUGACACUGAUUUAGCUCGACAUGUUCGCUCCGGAGGUUCCGAUGUUUUACAUGUAUUGGUAUCUUAUAUCUCCAUGUAUCGAUGAAAGGAAUUUAGUACAAUAAUUUCGAAAGC